AUGUCGCAGUAUAUCCCCAGCAUUCCCACCAAUUGCCUCUCCAAAAAGGUCGUUCUCAUCACAGCUUCUACAGGUGGUGCCAAUGGCAUUGGUUCGAGCCUGGUGACCCAAUGCUUGGAGAGUGGUGCCAAUGUAUGCAUUGGUGACCUCGAUAAUAUCUCCGGCGAGCGUCUACUGAAGAAAUGCUGCGACCAAUUCCACCCGGAGGAAGAAGACAUGGCCCCACGCGCCAUUUUCCAGACCACCGAUGUUGCCAACUACUCAUCGGUGUUGGCACUGUUUGACCUAGCCUUUAAGACCUACAAGCGCAUCGAUCAUGUUGUCUCGGCGGCUGGUAUCGUGGAAAUAGGGAAUUGGUUCGAUACUUCACUCACGCUGGAGACCGUCCGCCAGAAGCAUCUGACAAUACGAUCUUACCUCCAGACCCCCACCCACAAAGUCAUGGAUGUCAAUCUCCUCGGGUCCAUGUAUGUUACCCGCAUUGCCUCUGUCUACUUGCGCCAUAACCGUGGAUCUAACUGCGACCGGUCGAUUCUCCUAUUUUCAUGUGUCUCUGGUUUCAAAGAUAGCCCGUCUCUUUUCAUAUACCAAGCCUCCAAGCACGGUGUGACUGGCCUCAUGCGUUCCCUACACACCUAUAUCUCCUCUCCGUACAAGCACUAUCUUCGUAUCAAUACCGUCUGCCCUUGGGUGACCCAAACCGAUAGCAUCAAAAAGGUCGAGUCACAGUGGAAGCGGGCCGAACUUCCCAUCAAUACUCCUGAGCAGGUUGCUACUGUUGCCACCGGAGUCUUGGCUGAUCAGUCUCUGAACGGCACAUCAAUGUUCAUUGAAGGUGGCCGUGCUUGGGAAAUUGAACAGAACAUCGACCGACUAGAGACCAAAUGGCUGGGUGAAGCGCCGUCCAAGGUGCUAGCUUUGGGCCAGGGGCUGCUCGAUGAUGGUUCUAUCUGGACCGCACCGGAGCGACCCCGAAAAAUGAGCAGCAUUUCUGUUGGGGUACCACCUGGAGUGCCUCUUCAUAAGAUAAAUGGACUCACUAAUGGGGGGAAACAUGCCAUCUCGGAUGGAGUGACCCAUGGAAUGCCAGAUGGUUUGUUCGACCAACGGGGUAACUGA